UGUCCCUACAAAACAUGGAGAAUGGACUGGAUUACCGAUAAAUCCGUCUUACAUACCUGAACGCACCAUGGGACUUACCGACAGAAUGACAUUCCUUCAACGACUCCAAAACGUCCUAGGUCACUGCUACUACAACAUCUUGCAUUUUCAACUCGGCGUCGCUAACUUUGUUGAAUAUGAUAAGUUGAAGGACAAGUAUAACAUCAAGCCGGAGAUCAGCACCCUAGAGUCACACAAACAAGCUUUGCUGUACUUCAUGCACGGGAGCUUCGGACUGGAAUUUCCUCGACCUUUGCAGCCCAAUAUAAAGUAUGUCCUCUACCAUGCCGGAUUGAACUCCAAUCAAAUGAUGGACGAGGCCGUUGCCAAGUUCCUGGAUACUGCGCCAGAUGGGGUGGUGCUAUUCUCCCUCGGUUCUGUUGUAAGGAUGAUGGGACAGGAACAAGGCCAACUCUUUGCAGACGCCUUUGCUUCCCUCCCGCAUCGUGUACUGUGGCAGUCAAACACAAAUUUAACGGGAUUGCAGCUGGGAAACAACACAAUGGUUGCCAGAUGGUUGCCGAUGAUAAACGUCAUGGAGCAUGUUAGUGUCCGAGCAUUCGUCUUUCAUGGUGCCUACUGCAGCAUGAAUGAGGCAUUAUGGGCAGGGGUGCCUUUGGUGGGCAUACCGCUUUACGAGGACAUGAUGGAUAACAUGGUCCGCGUAGAGGCACGUGGCGCCGGUCUCUCGUUGGACAUCAGUGGCCUCACAUCAGAGACUUUAAGCCAAGCGAUCCACCGAGUCAUAACUGAGCCUGAAUUCAGCAAAAACGCACAGCGUGUCUCGAAGAUCAUGCGUGACCUUCAGAACACAGAGAGACCGGCAGACAAUGUGGCUCGCUGGAUCCUGCACGUCACCAGGUUUGGCGGCGACCAUUUACGACCAACAGUCAUGGAUCUCACUUACGUUCAGAGAAAUCUCCUGGAUGUCUACCUCUUCAUUGGUCUGGUUCUGGCCUCGAUUAUCAUGAUCAACGUGUUUGUUUGCUAUUUUUGCUGUCGCAGCCUGUGUCGUAUUGGUAGAGGUGAACAUUUUAAGAAGGAGUGAGAUAUGAUAUAUAAGGUUAAUUCAUUGAAGUUUUAGAUCUGGUGUCAAAUUUAAUAAUUUAAUUUAAUAAUUUAAUUUAAUACCUCAGAAAGCUGUAUUCUGGAGACAACAGUCUAUAGAUCAUCCUAAAUGCAAAGGAUUGCCAUUAAGCAGACUUCCCGGAAAUUUAUUGGGUGAUAAUAUCACUCUUCAGAAGUAAAUUAGAAUAACUGCAGUUUUGGAACUGACAUGUUCAGGAUUAUUCUGAUUAUAUUUCUUUGACUUUGCCGCUUUGAACCUCAUUAUAAUAAGUAUCCUGCUUCAUGAAUAUUUUUAGAACGUAUUAACUACCCAAAAAUCGAGCACUGUUAUUUCCUAUGCCCUGUAAUAAAACAUCAAACAUCAGCAACUGUUUG